AUGGAUGAGAAGAUUAUUGCCGCUUCGCAGAAGCACCCCAUCGUCCCAAACCAUACCUUCAAGUAUGGCACUGCGGGGUUCCGGAUGAAGGCCGAUCUUUUGGAUGGAGUCACCUUCCGCGUCGGCCUCCUCUCCGGCCUCCGCAGCCGCAAGCUUAACGGUCAGACCAUUGGUGUCAUGAUUACGGCCAGCCACAACCCUGCCGCCGACAAUGGUGUCAAGAUUGUUGACCCUAUGGGUGAUAUGCUUGAGCAGGAGUGGGAGUCGUAUGCUACCAAGCUUGUGAACAGCUCAUCUGACCAGGAGCUUGUCGAGAACUACAAAGCCCUGGCUGCCCAGCUGCGCAUCGACCUCUCUUCUCCCGCCCGCGUUGUCUAUGGUCGAGACACCCGCCCCUCGGGCCACAAGCUCGUCGCUGCCCUUGCCGACUCCUUCGAGGCCACCAACACCGAAUACACCGACUACAAGAUCCUCACCACUCCCCAGCUCCACUACCUCACCCGCUGCGUCAACACCGAGGGCACUCCUCAGUCCUACGGCGAGGUCAGCGAGCUUGGCUACUACAAGAAGUUUGCCGAUGCUUUCGUCAAGGCCUUGAAGGGCCGCAAGGUUGACGGCCAGCUGACGGUUGACUGCUCCAACGGCGUCGGUGGUCCCAAGCUGGUCGAGUUCCUCAAGCACGUUCCCAAGGAUGUCACUGGUUUUGACGUCAAGGUCGUCAACGAUGACGUCCUCCGUCCCGAGGUUCUCAACCUCGACUGCGGAGCAGACUUUGUCAAGACCAAGCAACGCGCACCCGCUUCUCCCAAGCCCGUCCCGGGUGCUCGCUACUGCUCCUUCGAUGGCGAUGCCGACCGCCUGAUCUACUACUACACCGACCCCGAUACCGGUUUCUUCAUGCUGGACGGCGACCGCAUUUCGACUCUGGCUGCUUCUUUCAUCGGCGAUCUCGUCCGAUCUGCUGGUCUGGAAAAUGACCUUCGUAUCGGUGUUGUUCAGACGGCCUAUGCAAACGGUGCCAGCACCAACUACAUUGAGAAGCAUCUCGGAUUGCCCGUCGUGUGCACACCUACCGGCGUCAAGCACUUGCACCACGCUGCUCUCAAGUUCGACAUUGGCCCUUACUUCGAGGCCAACGGCCACGGCACUGUGCUCUUUAGCCAGGAUGCCAUGCGCGCUUUCCGUGAGACUAAGCCUCAGUCUCCUGCUCAGAAGGACGCUCUCGACACUCUUGCCGCUGUUGGCGAUCUCAUUAACCAAACCGUGGGCGAUGCGCUCUCUGACAUGUUGAUGGUCGAGGUGAUCCUUGCCCAUAAGGGCUGGACUCUCAAGGACUGGGCCUCCACCUACUCGGAUCUCCCCAACCGCCUCGUUCGCGUCGAGGUUGCCAACAAGGACGCCUUCCAGACGACCGACGCUGAGCGCCGUCUCAGCCAUCCCGCAGGUGCCCAGGACGAGAUCGAUCAGUGUGUCAGAAAGUACACCAGCGCUCGUUCUUUUGCUCGUGCCAGCGGUACAGAGAACGCUUGCCGCGUGUACGCAGAGGCAGCCACUCGAUCCGAGGCUGACGAACUUGCCAACAAGGUCGCGGGUAUUGUGAAGCAGUACGGUGGCUUGUAG